ACUCAUCUUUAUAAUCCCAAAUAAGGCCAGAUAGAUUAUCGUCAUCUAACUAAACAUUUACAAGAAAAGAUCGAACUUGAAGAGCACAUACACCACAGACACGCGAGUAAAAAUGGGUGCCCUCGAUCGAUUGACGCAAAUCUCUGGCCAAAUCGCUGGCUCCAAGACGACACGCGAAAAGCUGCUUCAGAAGAACCCAGACGACAUCGUGGUAACAGCAUGUCUCAGAACGGCGUUCACGAAAGGCGGCAAGGGCGGGUUCAAGGAUACCCAGGCGGCCGACCUGAUGGCGGGAGCCCUGAAAGGUCUCCUGGAGCGCUCCAAGAUUGAUCCUUCGCUCGUGGAGGACGUGUGCGUCGGCGAGGUUCUAGCUCCUGGUGGCGGCGCCACCGAAAUGCGCGCUGCCGCCUUGGCCGCAGGCCUCCCUGAGACCGCCGCCGUGCGCACCCUCAACCGCCAGUGCUCCUCCGGCCUGCAGGCCUGCGUCGACGUCGCCAACCAGAUCCGUGCCGGCAUGAUCGAGAUUGGCAUCGGCGCUGGCGUUGAGAGUAUGAGCACGCAAUACGGCCCCAACGCCGUCUCCGAAUUCUCCGAGCUCCUCGAGUCGCACCCCGAAGCCGCCAACUGCAAGGUGCCCAUGGGCGUGCUAUCGGAGGACAUGGCGCGGGACCUGAAGAUCGCGCGCGCGGACCAGGACGCCUUCGCCGCGUCGUCGUACCAAAAAGCACUCAAAGCCCAACAAGCCGGCCUCUUCGACGAGGAGAUCCACCCGCUCACCGUGCAAGUGACGGACCCCAAGAGCGGCGAGACCAAGACCGUGACCGUGAACAAGGACGACGGCGUGCGGCCGGGAAUCACCGCCGAGUCCCUCGGCAAGAUCCGCCCAGCCUUCGCCGAGAACGGCUCCAUCCACGCCGGCAACGCCUCGCAGAUCUCCGACGGCGCCGCCGCCGUCCUCCUCAUGCGCCGCUCCACCGCCGAGCGCCUCGGCCAGUCCAUCCUCGGCAAGUUCGUCACCGCCAGCAUCGUCGGCGUCAAGCCUUUACUCAUGGGUCUCGGUCCCUGGAAGGCCAUCCCCAAGGCCCUCGAGCUCGCCGGCGGUCUCACCGUCGACGACGUCGAUAUCUUCGAGAUCAACGAGGCCUUCGCGAGCCAGUGUCUCUGGUGCGCCAACGAGCUGAAGAUUCCCCAGGCCAAGAUCAACCCCAAGGGCGGCGCCAUUGCCUUCGGCCACCCCCUUGGCUGCACUGGUGCUCGCCAGGUCAGCACCCUGCUGUAUGAGCUCCGUCGUCGGGGCGAGAAGAUCGGCGUUACGAGUAUGUGCAUUGGCACGGGUAUGGGUAUGGCGGCUGUUUGGGUCGCUGAGUAAAAAAAAAAAAAAACACUCAAACCCGAAACCAACAAGAAGAAUAAAAACAAAAACGAAUAUAAUAUAAUAAUAUCACGGGAAGAAGAGAAAAACAGGAUCUAGAUAGGCCGAAGGGAAGUUGGAGAUUACAUGUCUCCUCGCGGCCAUAUCGAGGUUAUUUUUUUUAAACAAUCUAGUGAGGCGGUAUAUCAUGGAACAUGGAAUAUGUAUGGUGGCAUUUUUUGGUGUACAUAUUAUAGUACCUAUGUAUCUCUAGUACGGCGUUUAUUUACCGAUCU